AGAACCGGCGCCCGGCGCGGUGGAGCGCCGAACCCGAGCUCAGGGGCGCCGAGAGCCGUGCUGGGACCGAGGGGCGGUGGCGCGGGACAGCCUUAGCGUGCUGGUGGGCGGGCGCAGUCUGGAGCGGCGCAGGGGCAGGGGAGGACGGUGGCCGGAGCCAAACGCGAGGGCAGCGCCCAGGGACUGGAGCUGCACGAAAGAGGUGAGUGAGGCCGGAGCGGUGGGGCCCCCGGGCCGCUGCUUUGUCCCCUCGCUUGGGUAAGGGCUGGCGCGCUCUAGGGGACAGCGUCUAGGGGUGCAGGGCGGGGCGGCAGCAAAGACAGCUGUCCGAUCCGGGUCCCUCUUGAGUCCGCCGCGGGCUGCCCAGCGGACGAUCGGCAUCAAGGCAAGCAGUGCCUGCAGCUCCACUGGCCGGAGCGGCGGGAGCCUGAGGGUACGGACAGAGCUAGGGGCAGUGGGGGACCCUUGGGCUGUCCAGCGCGCGGUCCGAAUCUUUGCCAGGCUCGGGAACUGCUCCGGUUCCCCCCCCACCUCGACGGAAAGUUAGGGGCGGGCUUGGACCGUAGCCGAUGUUGUGGGAUCGGAUUUCCCUAGCGCGGCCCCCCGCCCUCCUGUUCUGCUCCGGAGGCGGGCUGGCACUGAGAACCAUCCCCCUAGCCAAAGCUCCGCCGCCCGGUCCCGCUCCGGAGCGCCGCGAUCCACGACCGGGUGUACAAGUGUGGGGUGCAAAUCCUGGUCCUGCACCCCUCCAAUCCCCUUGGCUGUCCGUGUCCCUUGCCUCGGGAAGAGCUGGGGGUUGGGUCACCGCUCCUCCUGCAGAUUCUCGGAGCGUGCCACCGGGUUUUGACCCCAGCGUAGGGUAAUUGGCAGAGAGGAAACUGAGGGUGUGUCAGGGGGGACUGCCCCGGGGAAGGCAGCCCCAGCCCCCCGCCCUUCCCGCGCUGAGGUUCUUGGCCGACAGGGGGCGUCCGCAAGCCCGGCUUUGCCACGCUCCCAGCGCUGCCGCUUUGUUUGCAUUCAAAUCCCCGGAGCUGGGGGAGGGGAGAGCCCACAGUAGGGAGACCGGGACCGGGUCUUGGCUAGGAACCUUUGUUUUGGGGUGCAAUCUUAAGAUUCUGCAUCUCUGUUCCCGGCCCCUAGCGUCUGGAUUAGUGGAAAUCCGUUCCGUUGGCCUAGUGCACAGUCCCCGGAGUGCAAUCCCGGAGUUAAGAACGUUCAUCAGAGCCGGGGAGGAGGGGACGCAGCCCUUGACGACCAUUCGUGGGCAUCCCCUGUUGUCCAGGAGAACCCGGCUUCUGCCUCCCCAACCCAUUUCACUUCCCUCCACGAUCCCGCUCCCGCCGCGGCGAGGAGAUUCCCAGAAGCCCGGAGCUGACUCGUGGCCCGGUCGCCUCUCUGCGGGAGGGUCAGUGUCGUAGAAGGCUGUUGGAGAAACAGGACUGGCCCUGGUCAUUUCCACGCCCAUCCCACCCACUUCCUGCCUCCCUCUUGGGCAACAAAGGGGCCUCGGGAAGCUGGGCCCAUUUGGUUCCCGGCCCCACUCCUACUCCAGCCCUGCUGAUGUGGAACCGGGUUUGGGCUCUGCCCGGCUAUUGUCUGCGCUGGGGGAGGGGACAGGCUGGGGCCGGGAACUCUACACGCUGCCUGCUUCACCAAGUCCCCCACUGAAGCUCUUUGCCCAACCGGCUGCCUGCGGCUGCUGAAUAAGGGCAGGGCUGCUGGACUGAAGUUUAGACCCUGGGUGUCUGCCAUGGCCCCACACUGGGCUGUCUGGCUGCUGGCAGCAGGGCUGUGGGGCCUGGGCAUCAGGGCUGAGAUGUGGUGGAACCUUGUGCCCCGGAAGACAGUAUCUUCUGGGGAGCUGGUCACAGUAGUGAGACGGUUCUCCCAGACAGGCAUCCAGGACUUCCUGACCCUGACCCUGACAGAACAUUCUGGCCUUUUAUAUGUGGGGGCCCGAGAGGCGCUGUUUGCCUUCAGUGUAGAGGCUCUGGAGCUGCAAGGAGUGAUCUCUUGGGAGGCGCCAGCAGAGAAGAAAAUUGAAUGUACCCAGAAAGGGAAGAGCAACCAGACCGAAUGCUUCAACUUCAUCCGCUUCCUUCAGCCAUACAAUGCCUCCCAUCUGUACGUCUGUGGCACCUAUGCCUUCCAGCCCAAGUGCACCUACAUCAAUAUGCUCACGUUCACCUUGGAUCGUGCAGAAUUUGAGGAUGGGAAGGGUAAAUGCCCAUAUGACCCAGCUAAGGGCCACACCGGACUCCUUGUGGACGGUGAGCUGUACUCGGCCACACUCAAUAACUUCCUGGGCACAGAGCCGGUUAUCCUUCGAUACAUGGGGACCCACCACUCCAUCAAGACAGAGUACCUGGCUUUUUGGCUGAAUGAACCCCACUUUGUAGGCUCUGCCUUUGUCCCUGAGAGUGUGGGGAGCUUCACGGGAGACGAUGACAAGAUCUACUUCUUCUUCAGUGAGCGGGCAGUGGAGUAUGACUGCUAUUCCGAGCAGGUGGUGGCUCGUGUGGCGAGAGUCUGUAAGGGCGACAUGGGGGGAGCACGGACCCUGCAGAAGAAGUGGACGACGUUCCUGAAGGCUCGGUUGGUGUGCUCAGCCCCCGACUGGAAGGUCUACUUCAACCAGCUGCGGGCGGUGCAUACCCUGCGGGGUGCCUCUUGGCACAAUACCACCUUCUUUGGGGUUUUUCAAGCACGAUGGGGCGAUAUGGACCUGUCUGCAGUUUGUGAGUACCAGUUGGAACAGAUCCAGCAGGUGUUUGAGGGUCCCUACAAGGAGUACAGUGAGCAAGCCCAGAAGUGGGCACGCUAUACCGACCCAGUACCCAGCCCUCGGCCCGGUUCGUGUAUCAACAACUGGCACCGAGACAAUGGCUAUACCAGUUCUCUGGAGCUGCCUGACAACACCCUCAACUUCAUCAAGAAGCACCCACUGAUGGAGGACCAGGUGAAGCCUCGGUUGGGCCGCCCCCUACUUGUGAAGAAGAACACUAACUUCACACACGUGGUGGCCGACAGGGUCCCAGGGCUUGAUGGUGCCACCUAUACAGUAUUGUUCAUUGGUACAGGAGAUGGAUGGCUACUAAAGGCUGUGAGCCUGGGGCCCUGGAUCCACAUGGUGGAGGAGCUGCAGGUGUUUGACCAGGAGCCAGUGGAAAGUCUGGUGCUGUCGCAGAGCAAGAAGGUGCUCUUCGCCGGCUCCCGCUCUCAGCUGGUUCAGCUGUCUCUGGCAGACUGCACAAAGUACCGCUUCUGUGUAGACUGUGUCCUGGCCAGGGACCCUUACUGUGCCUGGAAUGUCAACACCAGCCGCUGUGUGGCCACCACCAGUGGUCACUCAGGGUCCCUUCUGGUCCAACAUGUGGCGAGCUUGGACACUUCAAAGAUGUGUAACCAGUAUGGCAUUAAAAAAGUCAGGCCUGUUCCCAAGAACAUCACCGUUGUGUCAGGCACAGACCUGGUCCUACCCUGCCACCUCUCGUCCAAUUUGGCCCAUGCCCACUGGACCUUCAGAGGCCGGGACCUGCCUGCAGAACAACCUGGCUCCUUCCUUUAUGAUGUGGGACUCCAGGCGCUGGUGGUGAUGGCCGCCCAGUCCCGCCACUCUGGACCCUAUCAUUGCUAUUCAGAGGAGCAGGGGACAAGACUGGCUGCAGAAAGCUACCUUGUUGCUGUGGUGGCUGGCUCAUCGGUGACGCUGGAGGCGCGGGCUCCCUUGGAAAACCUCGGGCUCGUGUGGCUCGCUGUGGUGGCCCUGGGGGCUGUGUGCCUGGUGCUGCUGCUGCUGGUCCUAUCGCUCCGCCGGCGACUUCGAGAAGAGCUAGAAAAGGGUGCCAAGGCGUCGGAGAGGACGCUGGUGUACCCCCUGGAACUGCCCAAGGAGCCUGCCAGUCCCCCCUUCCGUCCUGGCCCCGAAACCGAUGAGAAACUUUGGGAUCCUGUUGGGUACUACUAUUCGGAUGGCUCUCUCAAGAUUGUGCCUGGUCACGCCCGGUGUCAGCCUGGGGGUGGGCCCCCUUCCCCACCUCCUGGCAUACCUGGCCAGCCUCUGCCUUCUCCAACUCGGCUCCACCUAGGAGGUGGUCGGAACUCAAAUGCCAACGGUUAUGUGCGCUUACAGUUGGGCGGAGAGGACCGAGGAGGAUCUGGGCACCCGCUGCCUGAGCUCGCGGAUGAAUUACGACGGAAACUACAACAGCGCCAGCCGCUGCCUGACUCCAACCCGGAGGAGUCUUCAGUAUGAGGGAACCCCCCCACCUCAUUGGCGGGGGGGGUCUCAUGGGAGGUGCACUCUUUAACUUUUGCACAGGCACCAGCUACCUCAGGGACAUGGCAGGGGCACUUGCUCUGCCUGGGACAGACACUGCCCAGCAUUUGCCCGGCCAUGAGGACCUGCUCAGCAUGGGCACUGCCACUUGGUGUGGCUCACCAGGACUUCAGCCUCACAGGAGACACACCCUCUCUGUGAAACUGAGACAUGUGGGACCCCAGCAGCCAAAACUUUGCAAGGAAGAGGUUUCAAGAUGUGGGCGUGUUUGUGCAUAUAUGUGUUGGUAUGCGUGUGGAAGUGUGUGUGUGUGUGUGUGGAAGUGUGUGUGUGUGUGGUAACUUUCCUGUCUCUCUCAUGUCUUCCCUUGGCCUGGGGUCCUCCUGGUUGAGUCUUUGGAGCUAUGAAGGGGAAGGGGGUCAUAGCACUUUGCUUCUCCUACCCCCAGCUGUCCCGAGCUUCGGGGCAGUGAUGUACAUACGGGGAAGGGAAGGACAGGGUGUUGUACCCCUUUUGGGGGAGUGUGGGACUCGGGGGGGUGGGCCUAGCCCUACUCCUAGGGCUGUGAAUGUUUUCAGGGCAGGGUUGGGGGUGGAGAUGGAACCUCCUGCUUCAGGGGGAGGGGUGGGCAGGGCCUCCCACUUGCCCUUGGUGGUAUUUUAUAUUUGCGCUCUUCUGACAGGGCUGGGAAGGGUUGUUGGGGGGAGGGAAGGGAGGAGGUGGGCAUGCUGUGGAUACUGGCCUAUCCUCUCCUGGCUCUGGGAAAAGGGCUAACAGUGUAACUUAUUGUGUCCCCACAUAUUUAUUUGUUGUAAAUAUUUGAGUAUUUUUAUAUUGACAAAUAAAAUGGAGAAAAUGAAAUUUAACCCCGCCACACAGA